GCCCACCACCACCACGAUCCGCGCCACGAAAACAGUUUGGUGCGCCCAGCCCUGUCGGCUGCCUCCGCGCAUAAAACCAGUCCCAUCCCGUGGCAGAGCCCCCGAGACGCUAGGCGCAGACAGGCAGUUCACUCGCUCUGUUCCGCACUCCGCACACUGCCACUCUCCGCUCUGCCUCCGCCCAUGGCCGCGCGGAUCUUGCUCCCGCUGCUCUUCUUCCUCCUCGGCUCGCAUCGCGGCGCCGGGGAGCCGGCGGCUGCUGCGAGGCGGCAGCUGCAGAUGCGGCGCGCCGGGGACCCCAACUCGCAGGUCAAGUUCGACUUCUCGCCGUUCUUGAUCGAGUACAAGAGCGGCCGCGUGAAGCGGCUCAUGGGCACCGAAGUGGUGGCCGCGUCGGCCGAUGCGCUCACGGGCGUCACCUCCAGGGACGUCACCAUCGACCCGGCCACCGGCGUCUCCGCGCGGCUCUACCUCCCGAGCUUCCGCACUAGCUCCAGGGUCCCCGUGCUCGUCUACUUCCACGGCGGCGCGUUCGUGGUCGAGUCGGCGUUCGAGCCCAUCUACCACUCCUACCUCAACACGCUGGCCGCCAGGGCUGGCGUUGUGGCCGUGUCGGUGAACUACCGCCUCGCGCCGGAGCACCCGCUCCCGGCGGCCUACGACGACUCGUGGGCGGCGCUCAAGUGGGUGCUCGCGAACGCGGCGGGGUCGGACCCGUGGCUCUCCCAGUACGGGGACCUCUCCCGCCUCUUCCUCGCCGGCGACAGCGCGGGCGGCAACAUCGCGCACAACCUGGCAUUGAGCGCCGGGGAGGAAGGCCUGGACGGCGGCGCGAAAAUCAAGGGCGUGGCGCUGCUGGACCCGUACUUCCAGGGCCGCAGCCCCGUGGGCGCCGACGCCAUGGACCCGGCCUACCUCCAGUCGGCGGCGCGCACCUGGAGCUUCAUCUGCGCGGGGAGGUACCCGAUCAACCACCCGUACGCGGACCCGCUCGUCCUGCCGGCCUCCUCGUGGCAGCGGUUCGGCGCCUCCCGCGUGCUGGUCACCGUGUCGGAGCUUGACCGCCUGAGCCCGUGGCAGCGCGCGUACUACGCCGCGCUCCGGGGCAGCGGCUGGCCCGGGCAGGCCGAGCUGUACGAGACCCCCGGCGAGGGCCACGUCUACUUCCUCACCAAGCUCGGCACGCCGCAGGCGCUCGCCGAGAUGGCCAAGCUCGUCGCCUUCAUUAACCGCGACUAGGAACUGGAUCGAGCAGCUGCUGCGGCGACCAGUAAUUGCAGUACCGCAACAACAUAAAUAUACUACAGUACCUAGUGAGGGCGAGAGGUGAUUAGUUACUUUUUUGUUCCUGAUUACCAGUCGAUCGAUUACUAUAUACACGCUGGUUCCUCCCUAGCAACCGUCCGGAUAGAGAAGGGGACCGCUGCUUGUUUGUCUCGCGUUCAUUGACUAGAGUCCACAGCCAGUAGUUGCUCGUUGGCUGGCCGCCGCUGCGUGUAGUGUUACAGUACCAUAUGAUUCUAUAGCGUCACUCUACUGCCUACCCAUUGCAUUGUGUAAACUUUUUGUACUACUGCUGCUGCUAUAUCUAUAGAUGGUGGUGUUUUUUCGGA